AUGGAUCUUCCAAUAGCUUUAGGAAAUGUCGACUCAAAAUUGCAGCACGUAUCAUUAACUGCAAGAAUGAUGUGAUCACUUUCCCAUUAUGGAGGCCCUGAUACUGCAUAUGCAUUAUAUAUAGCAUACCUAUAUUUUCCAUCUCAUUUGGACAUAUUAAAAAAUCUUUAUCUCAAUAUUACUUCAAGCUUAGUAGAUUGAAAUUACUGUUCAGGCCAAAGCAUUUUUAUUGAUGAUAAUAUAAAACUAUGAAGCUCAAGCGCAGAAAGGAAAAUAAAUUUGCUAGACUUAAUUUCCAAAUCAAUUCAAUCUGUAAAUACUUAUAUAGGGUAGCGAUUUUAUAAAAAAAUACAAUAAUAGUGAAAACUAUAAAAAUGAAAUCACGUUUUUAGCAUUGAAUAACUUUGGAGAAGUGACCAGAUACUGCAACAAUUCUUUAUAUCAAGUUAUAGAUUGCCAAAAAUCAAUGAUGCUUGAUUUUAAGACUGAAGUAUACAUCCUUCUAAUACUAGGGGUUGGCGUUCUUGCUUUAUGUAUUUGUGCUAUGGUCCCAUUUUGCUACUCAACAAUUAAUUAUGAAGAUGAGCUUUGGAAUAAUUUGAGGAAAAAAGCUUAUGAGAAUUAUUCUGAGCUGAAACAAAAUCUAUUAGAAAGAAUUAAGCGUGUCCACUGCCAACCUGAAAUACUAGUCAAUCAUAGAAAGCCUUCAAAUAAUAAAGCUAACUUUAAAAGCUAUUACAAGUAUGUCUGGAGAAUUUCUAUAUAUUUUAUUGCUGUAACAGCUUUUUCUAUAGCUAAUAUCGCUUUUCUCUACGAAAAAUGCACAGAUUAUUUAUCAUAUAGGCCUGAUAUAAUGAAAGAAAUGAUAAAUAGGCAAAUUUUACAAAACUCUAUUAUGACAUGAACAACUCUUUCUCAGUUCGAAACCUUAGGAAUUCCGUUAGUAGAUGAAUUUGUUAAUUUGUAUCCUUAUAUGAAUAGUAGUAGUGAAUUUCAAAAAGUAUUGUCAUUGAUUGAGCAGUCAAAAGUCAAUUUAAGAAAUCCAAAAUAUUUACCUAUUCUAUCAGAUUCAUUCAAAAAUGUAUUUUAUAAAAAAGAUAGCUAUUAUAUUGACUAUUUUAACUAUGGUACAAGCCCUGGAGAAGAAUUAUUGCUGAGGGAAAGCUAUUUUUAUGCAUACUCAAAUUUGUUUCCUGAUUUGUGGAUAGAUUGAUUAAUUGAUUUUUCGAUUUUAAACACGCGCUAUGGAGAACUUGCUAAUGAAAUUGAUCAGCAUUCACAAAGUGUGAUUGAGGCUCAAGUUAAUGCUAUCGUAGCAACUUUUGUGUUUUUUGCUGCAAGCUCUAUUGCAAUAUAUUUUUUGCUAUAUUUUGCAUUUUUCAAGAAAGAGAAAGAGUGUUUGGGAAGAAUCAGCUCAAUAAUGAAACUUAUGCCAAAUAAAAACUAA